GCAGAAUCACCUUCCGCGCAGCCAUGGCAGUCUCGCCAACCAACAAGCAGGGCAAACCUACCUACUACUUUGAGGUCCGAGUGAAUUGGGAUAAGUUGAUGGCCAUCGAUCAGCAAACCGAGAGCUUCAAGGCGCAAGUCUUCCUGGAAGCCACCCUGAGAUAUCCGAAGAAGGUGAAUUCCGAGGACGAGGCCGACGUGCUGACGAUCUUCCAGCGGGCCACAGUGGAGAACUGGAGAACUCCUUGGCCAAACCGGAGGAUGAUGGACAUCCAGAGCCAAAGUUCCAGCGGGCCACGGAGAACUCCAUGGCCAAAUGGGAGAUAUGGGAGGAGAAUGGACGUCCAAAGCUCGCGAUGAGAAGGCCAGGUUGAUGUCAUGGUGGAACAUGGUGGAACUGAUGGUGGAGAAUCUUACAAAUGCAUCUAGCUCAGGGGUCUCAGCACAGAUACCUGGGGAGCAUUUGGACUCGAAAAACAAGGCCGGAGGCCGUUUGAGUCAUUUGGCCUUAAAAAAGGGAUUUGGCCUCGAAAAUGAAUUUGGCCCUGUGAAAACGUGAAAACACGAAACUCC